AUGAGUCCCACAAGUGCUGCUGGUCCAGAUGGUAUGAAUGGUAAAUUCUACCAAGCAUGCUGGGACAUUAUUAAAACUGACCUUUUGAAUGUGGUUCUGGAUUUCUUUGGAGGGAGCUCAAUGCCCAAAUACAUGACUAAUGCUUGUAUAGUCAUGCUUCCCAAAGUGGAAUUCCCCAACUCUCUAACAGAAUUCAGACCAAUCAGUUUAAGCAACUUCAUCAACAAAGUAAUCUCCAAAGUCAUUUCUUCAAGAUUGGCACCUAUUCUUCCUAGAGUCAUCUCAGACAACCAAUCAAGUUUUGUAAAAGGAAGAAACAUCUCAGAAAACAUCAUAUGUGGUUUUUUCCAGUCCUCUAGAGGUUUGAAACAAGGAGAUCCCUUGGCUCCUUCCCUCUUCAUACUAGGGGCAGAAUUGCUUUCCAGAAUGCUCAACAUGCUUACCAAUGAUCAGUUCUUCAAUGGGUUUUAUAUGCAGAGAAGAGACCCCCAGAUCAAUCAUCUCAGCUUUGCAGAUGAUAUCAUUAUUUUCUCAUCAGGAAGCAGAUCAUCACUGAAAAGGAUCAUGUGGAUUCUGAAAACAUAUGAAGACAUUUCAGGAAAACAAAUCAACAAGAGCAAAAGUCACUUCAUGACAGCAGCUUGUGUUAGGCAGUCUACUGUGAGAAAAAUCCACUCUCUCACUGGUUUCACAAGAAAAGCCUCACCCUUAACCUAUUUGGGAUGUCCUCUGUACAUAGGAAGGCUUAGAAUUUCUCACUUCAAUAAUCUCAUUGCUAAAGUGGUGGGGAGAACUAAAGGGUGGCAUGGGAAGAUGCUUUCAUAUGGAGGAAGGGCAACUCUAAUCAAAUAUGUUCUACAAUCCUUACCUAUUCACCUUCUAUCAGCCAUUUCCCCUCCUAAAAUAGUGAUGAAGCAGAUUGAGAGGCUGAUGGCUAAUUUCUUUUGGGGCAUGGAAAAGGACAAACUCAAGUACCACUGGGCCUCUUGGCAUAAAUUAUCCUAUCCUGUCAAUGAGGGAGGAAUUGGUUUCAAAUCAAUUGCUGAAGUAUGCAAAGCUAUGGAGUUUAAGCAAUGGUGGCGCUUUAGAACCAAUGAUUCCCUUUGGAGUUCCUUCCUUAAGGCCAAAAACUGUCAAAGAUCCCAUCCCAUCAAAAGAAAAUGGGAAUCUAGGCAAUCCCAAGCUUGGAAGAGGAUGAUGUACAACAAGAAAGAUGCUGAGAAGGCUAUUAUUUGGAGGCUCCAUUCUGGCUCUAGCAGUUUCUGGUGGGACAAGUGGCUAGGAGAUGGCCCUUUGGCUCUCCAAAGAACUACAAGAGGCAGACCUGGCAAGUUAACUAUAUCCUAUUUCUGGGAAGGUGAUCAAUGGAACCUUCAGAAGCUCAAUGAAAUAGCCCCUCCCCAUAAAAUCCCUCAGAUCAUUCAAACCACCAUUCAUUUUAGCCCCAAUACCCCUGAUAAAGCCAUAUGGAAACCAACCAUAACAGGGAAAUUCACUUGUGCGUCUGCUUGGGAACUGCUGAGAACAAAAAGACAACCCAAUAUAUCCAAUAUAAUGACUUGGCACAAGAAAAUUCCCUUCAAAUGGUCCUUUUGCUUAUGGAGAGCUUUAAGGAAUAAACUUCCAACUGAUGACAGGGUCCUCAUGUUCAGCAACCCAACAGUCUCUAGGUGUGUAUGUUGCUCCACGUAUGCUAAUGAAACAGUUGAGAACAUUUUCAGUUUGGGAAACUUUGCAAGGAUUGUUUGGAAAAAAUAUGGGAGCAUUGCAGGCAUACACACAGAAGACAUACCUUUAAGAAUGCUGCUAAUGAAAUGGUAG